GGAAUAUGUUUAUUUGGGAGAAACUCAUUGGAGUGUGUUAAAUAAUCUCGAAAAAGUAGUUCGAAAAAAAUGAGUCCCCAUAAAUAUUCCCAACUUAUUGUGGCCUCAGUCUUGGCCUUAAUUGUUGGCGUAUUGGCACAUGACGUUCAUUGGGGAGACAUCGGUCCUGGUAAUAAAGUUGUUGCAUUCGAAAGGGUGACGAGGAAGCCAAAUCCCUUGAAACUCCAAUUUAGUAUAUUGACCAACGUUAAAUAUCCUCCCAAGGGUCAUACAUCUAUCUAUAAUUUGACUGGCAUAAGGCUUGUGGAUAAUGGCUUACCUAACAACUAUGGAUAUGCUGUGUUGAAAAGUGGAGGACCAGGAUAUCCCUAUUCAACCAUAGAAAUAAAAUCGCAACGUAAUAAACCGAUCAAUAUGUCAAUAUCAUAUUAUGCUUCAGCUCUUAAAAAUCGUCGUUACUAAUAAUAUAAUGAUAUAAAGAGUUGUUCUAGUCAUUGCAAUAAAGAUAAUCAAAUUUAA